UUUUUUCUCUGUCUACCUUAAUCUCUGUGUCUCUUUCCCUGUGUACAUAUUUCUCUCUCUCUCUCUCUCUCUCUAUCUUUUAAUCUCUUUCAUGAUAAACUAACAUUUAAAACCAGUUACCAACCUCAAUCUAAUCAACACUGUGAAUCUGGUCAUCAAAUAAUCAACAAUUAAUUACCUUUCGCUCUUAAUCAUCAAUCGGUUUCCAUUUUUGUUUACAUUUUCUAUUCUCUUUUUUAUCUUCAGCGUGUCUUCUCUCUCUCUCUCUCAAUCUCUCCUUUUCUCUCUCUCUUUCAAUUAGUCUAAUUUUCUAAUCAAAUUAUAAUUUCCAUCACAAUUUACUAAUUGUUAACCAUUCUUCGUAAUUAGUGUAUCUGAUUAUCUGUUAACCAAUAAUUCAAAAUGUCGGACAUUGAUCUUGAUGACGGUUUUUCUGCCAAACAAUUAUUUGGAGCCGGUGAUGGAUUGACUUACAAUGAUAUCCUAAUUCUUCCGGGUUACAUUGAUUUUCCAGCGGAUAGUGUUUCAUUAACAUCUAAAUUGACCAAAAAAUUAACUCUCCAAGCUCCACUUGUCUCAUCUCCAAUGGACACAGUCACUGAAUCUGAGAUGGCAAUAGCUAUGGCUCUUUGUGGAGGAAUCGGUAUCAUUCAUCACAAUUGUUCCGAAGAAUUUCAAACAGCCGAAGUUGAGAAAGUAAAAAAAUAUAAACAUGGAUUCAUUCGUGAUCCCGUUGUAAUGGGUCCAAAUAAUACUGUUCGUGAUGUAGUUGAUAUUAAACGACAAAAAGGAUUCGCAGGUAUACCGAUAACCGAAACCGGUAAAAUAGGUGGUAAAUUAUUGGGCAUUGUCACUUCUCGUGACAUCGAUUUUAUCAAGAAGGAUGAUUUAGAUACACCGUUGGUUAAAGUGAUGACCAAAGGUAACGAUUUAGUUACUCUUACCGAAGGAUCGUCAAGUGGAUUAAGAUUACAAGAGGCCAAUGAGAUCCUUCAACAAUCAAAGAAGGGAAAACUGCCCAUAGUUAACGAUAAAGGGGAACUGGUUGCGCUUAUAUCACGAACUGAUUUAAAGAAAAGUCGAGAUUAUCCACUUUCAUCUAAAGACGAUAAUGGUCAACUUCUUGUUGGUGCUGCUAUUGGUACUCGAGAAAAUGAUAAGAAUCGACUUAAGAUGUUAUAUGAGGCUGGUGUUGAUGUUGUUAUUCUUGAUUCUUCCCAAGGAAAUUCAAUCUAUCAACUCAAAAUGAUUGAGUUUAUCAAGCAAAAUUAUCCAAAACUUCAAGUUAUCGGUGGAAAUGUUGUAACAAUGCGUCAGGCUAAGAAUUUAAUCGAUGCCGGUAUUGAUGGACUUCGAGUUGGUAUGGGAUCAGGUUCAAUUUGUACAACUCAAGAAGUGACCGCUUGUGGUCGACCUCAAGCUUCCGCUGUUUAUAAAGUCGCACAAUACGCUCGUAAAUUUGGAGUACCCAUAAUUGCCGAUGGUGGAAUCUCCUCAGUUGGACAUAUCAUUAAAGCUUUAGCCUUAGGGGCAUCUUGCGUCAUGAUGGGAUCAAUGUUAGCAGGUACAACUGAGGCACCAGGGGAAUACUAUUUCUCUAAUGGAGUUCGUCUAAAGAAAUAUCGAGGAAUGGGCUCAAUCGAUGCAAUGGAAUCAAAAGAUGGAGGUGGAAGUCGACAAAGAUAUUUCCAAGGUGAUGUUGAUGAAGUUCGUGUUGCUCAGGGAGUCACGGGAUCCAUCGUUGAUAAAGGAUCAAUUCACCGAUAUGUUCCCUACCUUAUCGCUGGAAUCAGAUAUGGUUGUCAAGACAUUGGAUGUAAAAGUUUAGAUUGUUUAAGAGAAAAUAUGUACUCAGGGGAACUUAAAUUCGAGAAGCGAAGUGUAUCCGCUCAAGUCGAAGGUGGUGUUCAUGGACUUUACUCAUUUGAAAAGCGACUCUAUUAAGAAAAGGAAAGAGCAAAAAUCAUCACCAAUCUUAUUAUCCCUCAAACCGAAAAGCAAAGUUAUUAACUUUAAUUAUCAAUAAUGUUAUGUGAUUAUUAUUAUGUUUUUGUUAAGUUAAUGAAAAAAUCAUUCCAAGAGAGAAAUCAUUUUAUCAUGUUGUUUAUCAUGAACCUUUUCCCAUGAAUCAACUAACAAUUCAGUUGAUGAAUGAACAAAAUCUAAUUAACCUUAUACACAUUAAUUGUUAAAUCUUUUUACUAUCUAAAUCCUGUCUUACCUUAAUUUUCUUGAUCUUUUUAAUCACAAGAUAUAUACGAUAUAUAUAUUUACUAUUUAUGAUUUAAUACUGAAUAUGUCAAACUCAUUUAACCUCAGAUCAAAUCUUAUUAAUUGGAAAGUGAUAAAACAAUUAACUUUUGAAAAGACAACAAGAUAAACCAAUUAGAUUGUUUGAAAAUCAAUGGACAACAAUUGGAGGAAAAAAAAAACAAAUACAAAUGAUUUGAUUUUAAUCUUUCAAACAAUUAAACUAAUCAAAAUACUACAAGGAAAAAUGAAACAAUUAAAUUAUCAAUUUCCAUCGACUGUGCCACUUAAUUGUUAUAAUAAUUAACGAUUUAAUUAUAAUCAUCAUCACUAAUGUAAAGGUUAACAAUUUAAUAUAAUAAGAAAAGCAGAAUGAAAAAAAAAAUUGCUAAAUAAAUGAUCAGUUGGCAAAGA